GAGGCAGGUUGAUGCGAUGGACGCGUCUGUGGGCGACGAGGCUUCGAUGCCAGUUGCAUCAACUCGGAGCGAAUCCCCUGCAGCAGCGUCAUCGCCGAUGAAGGUGGCAUCGCAGCUGUCAGAUGUGCCUCGGACUGCGCAGACUCGGUCCGUAUCAGCGCAGGACGUCGUGGCGUGUGAUUCCACCAACGACGGUCCUUCCCACGUCCUCAAGAACGUUCGCGGGUUUUACCAAGUCAAGAACGAAGACGACUUGCUGCAGUGUAUGGAGGGUCUCAGUGCGCUGUUCAGCCGAGCCGUCGAGUUGGAAACGGAUGGGGGCACUCCAUCAACCCCCGUCAAGCCACCAAAGCCUCACCCGUCCCCCGCACGCCGACCCAAGACUGCAACACCCUGUGCGCUAACUCCACGAAGCGCCCAGCAAAAGGAAUACUUCGACCAGGCGAUCGAGAUUCUGAACGGUCCCCCACGGCAACUCACGCAACUCCUGCAGACGCCAGCAAUACAAGCCGCCAUGAACGCGACCGGCAUCGUCGCGGACGAGUUCCAGCGCAAGACGAUCGACGACUUUACAAAGGAGAAAAACCGGGCGUGGUUGGUGCCGGCCGACAUUGCGAGUUUGCGAUUCAAGCACUACGAAAAGACACGCAAGAACAACUUGGCGCUGCUGUUGCAAGUCGCGGCGGACGGCGUCCAUGACGUGGACGAAGCGUGCGACAGCGGCGUUUGCGACUACUCGAGGGAGCUCGCCCACGAACACAAGUUGCUCGAAGCCAUGAUCAAGGGACGGCUCAAGUACGAGAAGAUCUUGGAGAAAGAAGCGGCCAAGAUUAGCAAGAAGCGGGCGCAGUACUUGGUUGUAGAUAACGGCGUGGUUUUACAACGGCCAGGCGAGUCGGAAUCGAUGGCGCUGCGCCAGCAAAUGCAGGCUGAAAAAGCGGAGCAGAAUCGCGUCAAGAUGGAAAGAGUGCAGCGCCAGCGUGAGCUGCUUGAAGCGACUCGACAGCAAAACGCAGACGCGAGGCGAAGGUUUGAAAAGUCCAAACACGAAAGCUCGGCACGCGAAAAGGAGGCGUCGGCAAAAGACAAGCGCAUGCGCGACGACGACCGGCAGAAGAAGCGCCAGCAAGUGUUGAAUGACGCCAGAGCGAACGACGUCCAGCGCCGCAAAACGAUCCAGGCCGUUCUCGACGACAAGGAGGAUGCGCUGCGGGAGAAGCGCGUGGCCAUUCAACACCAUAACUUGAUCCAAAAAGAGUCGAAGCGCCUGAUGGUCCAGGAGCGUGAAGCGAACGUGUGGCAUCUCAAGAAUGUCCAAGCGUUCAAGAGGAAGCAGGCGGCGCGGAAAAUCCAGGCCAACUAUCGGCGUAUCGACAACCUGAACGUAAGCCGGUUGCAUGCGCCGCCGGGUGCCAUGUCGCCCGUAGGAGGUCAAGCAAGCCAUCGUUGCGGAGCGGAAUCGCAUCCACAAACUCGCCAGCAUCCGCUACAGCCAUUGCAAAGACCUGAGCGAACAGAUUCGCCAGACUCCCGGACCGGGCGAGUACAGCCCCCUGCUCCACACGCGCACGAGCGGCGGCAUGUGGAGCCCGCUGCCGAAGGGACCGACCGACGUCCACCGCCUCCAUGCAACCCCCGUACAGACCAAUUCCUAAGCACCGGGUGACGACGGAGGUAGGGGCCUGGCGCGUACGACGACCUCGAUACGCUCGAGCACGCGAUGAAAACUUCCGGCACGACGUUUGCAAAGAGCCGCCUGCUCCACUCGCUGCAGGCACAGCUUGGCCCCGGCCCGGGGCAGUACAUGAGCGCCGUCAAGAGCUCUACCUUCAACGGAAACAACGCGCCGCUGUUUUCCAACUCGAAUGUGGCGUCGCCGUUCGAGCUCGCGCUGCGUCGCGCUGCCGAGCUGCCUGCUCCUUGCGACUACUCCCCCAGCACAUUUCCCCGCGACGUGGCGCCGACGACCGUCGACUUUAAGCGGGCACUACACACCAUGACAACGUCGUUCGUGCUCGCGUCCAAGUCGAAACACGACAUCAUGAUCGACACCGACAUCAACGCGUUGGAGCAAUCAUCGCGCGACCGCUAACGCCAAUGUACUCUCGAUCGAAUCGCG